CUAAAAAUGGCAGACAUUUUUCCACCAUCAUUGCUUACUUUCUUCGUCCAACUGUUUGGUCCGGUAGCGGUUCUCGGAGCCAAAUCCGGAAUCAAAAACCAGAGUGUUGAAUCCCUUGUUCAAACUCAACCAAGCAAGAAAAGAAAACGAGGAGAAAAAAGGAAAAAGAAAAAAGCACCAGAAACAGAGAAAAAGCCAGUCGUUGGAACCAACCAAACCUUUUUGCUUUCCCAUCAAUCAAAUAGUUUGAUUUUCUUUUUCCGGGGUUUUUAAUUUUUAUUUUUCCAAAUUCUGAAUUACCCACUGCACAAAAACCCACAAAAAACAAAACCCAGAUUUGGUUUUUUGGUUUUUUUGUUUGUUGUUCUGUAUUUUGAUUUCCUCCAUUGUUUACUCUUCUGGGUUUGUUCCAGAAAUGGUUGCUUUCCCCUGCUUCUGAAGCACAUACAUUGUCUGUAUAGAGAGAGAGAGAGCGAGAGAGGAGUGAGAGGGGUUUUUGAUCUGGGGAUUGGUGAGCCUGAGCCAAGAGGAAUGUGAGGAAGGUGAAGAGAGAGGUAGCUAAGCAGAGGGAGGUUUCAGCGAGAUAAUGAGCAAAGAGUUCAGAUUCAUUUUAAAGGCCUGGGAAGCAACUCUGCGCAAAACACACACUGGUGGAAAGAAAAGGGCCAACCCUUUAUUCACAACAAUGUCCGUAGCCCCUGCAGAUCAUGAGCCUGGUGAAAUCUAUCAGGACGAGAAGGUCCUCGCCAAUGGUGACUUCUACACCGGCCAGUGGGUCGACAACUACGCGCACGGCCAAGGGAAGUACCUGUGGACCGAUGGGUGUAUGUACCUUGGCGAAUGGCAGAAGGGUAGGACGUCGGGUAGAGGAAAAUUUAGUUGGCCUUCUGGUGCCACUUAUGAAGGGGAAUUCAAGAACGGAUAUAUGGAUGGCAAAGGAACUUACAUGGGUUCUUGUGGAGAUACCUAUAGAGGAUCGUGGGUUAUGAAUUUGAAAUAUGGUCAGGGGGCUAAGAGCUUUGUCAAUGGGGAUUAUUACGAGGGUGAAUGGCGCCGCGGGUUGCAGGACGGGCAGGGGCGGUAUCAAUGGAAAAAUGGGAGCCAUUAUAUCGGCCAAUGGAAGCAUGGAAUGAUUCAUGGGAAUGGGAUCAUGAUUUGGAGCAAUGGGAAUCGGUAUGACGGGUCUUGGGAAGAAGGUUUGCCUAAAGGAAAUGGCACGUUUCGGUGGGCUGAUGGGAGCUUCUAUGUGGGAGUUUGGAGUAAGGAUUCGAAAGAGCAGAAUGGGACUUACUACCCAGCAGGGUCCUCGGGUGGUAAUGUGGAUUGGGAUCCUCAGGAGGUGUUUGCAGUGGACUUGAAUGAUUGCAAGGUGUGCCCGCAGGAAACUAUUCCGAUAUACCCUUCACAGAAGACGAUGAGUUGGCCUGGAUUUGAAGGGGAGUUCUUGAACAAGCAGCCUAUUUAUAAAAACGGGAACGAAGGGAAUGUGAGGCCUAGGAGAACUUCCGAUGCGAGGGUGAGUAAUUAUAGUAGGUCAUCUAAUGGAGAUUGCAUGUUUGAUGGAGUUGAUAGGAGCUCAAGAGAGGGAAGUGCAGGAUUUGAGUUGGAAGGUUCGGUUGCGAAAGGGAUUAGACAUCAGCAUUUCAAAGUUCAGCCAAUGAAGAAACAAGGGGUGACAAUAGCUAAAGGGCAUAAGAACUAUGAGCUUAUGCUUAAUCUGCAGUUGGGAAUCAGGCAUUCUGUUGGAAGGCCUGCUCCAACUACAUCUCUUGACCUGAAGAGUUCAGCAUUCGAUCCCAAGGAGAAAGUAUGGACAAAAUUUCCCCCAGAAGGAUCCAAGUAUACUCCACCCCACCAGUCAUGCGACUUCAAAUGGAAGGAUUACUGUCCUGUGGUUUUCCGGACUCUCAGGAAAUUGUUCAAGGUAGAUCCAGCAGAUUACAUGAUAUCAAUAUGUGGAAAUGACGCUCUUCGAGAGCUCUCAUCCCCUGGAAAGAGUGGAAGCUUCUUUUAUUUGACAAAUGAUGACCGGUACAUGAUAAAGACAAUGAAGAAGGCAGAAGUAAAAGUGCUUCUAAGAAUGCUUCGAGCUUACUAUAAUCAUGUUAGAUCCUUUGAGAAUACUCUGGUCACCAAAUUUUACGGCCUUCAUUGUGUAAAGUUAACGGGAACUGCCCAAAAGAAGGUGAGAUUUGUCAUUAUGGGGAAUCUAUUUUGCUCCGAGUUUGCAAUUCACAGGCGGUUUGAUUUAAAAGGCUCUUCCCAUGGCCGCACAACUGAUAAACCUGAGUCGGAAAUUGAUGCUACAACAACUCUUAAAGAUCUCGAUCUUAAUUAUAUAUUUAGGUUGCAGAAGGUUUGGUUUCAAGAGUUCUGCAGGCAAGUGGACAGAGAUUGCGACUUUCUUGAACAGGAAAGAAUAAUGGACUACAGUCUCUUGAUUGGUCUUCACUUCCGAGAAGCUUCAUGCACAGAAAAACCCAAAACUCCAGACCGAACCUCUGGAGCUCGUACUCCAACUGGAAAUAGCGACCCUGACAAUGGUACCCCACGCCUUUCUAAAGUUGACAUGGAACGGCUUCUUUCUGACCCGAACAGGUGGUCUUCUAUUAGGUUAGGUAUUAAUAUGCCAGCAUGGGCUGAAAGGACAGUGAGAAGAAAUGAUUGUGAGGCUCAGUUGGUUGGAGACCCAACCGGAGAGUUGUACGAUGUCAUUCUGUUUUUUGGUAUAAUUGACAUACUACAGGACUAUGAUAUCAGCAAAAAGCUCGAGCAUGCAUACAAAUCAUUCCAAUAUGACCCGACCUCAAUCUCUGCUGUUGAUCCGAAGCAAUACUCAAGACGCUUUCGUGCUUUCAUCUUCAGAGUUUUUGUAGAAGACACAUGAUGGUGUAGUUUGACCACUAAAUUUUAACUCGAAGCUUGGCAGUCAUCCCUGUAUAGUCAUCGGUCUGUAGCGGAAAUGACAAUGCUUUGAAAACUAGCAGAAGCAUCGGUUACAUGGUCAUUUGCGCUUGAAAAGUGGCUGCCAUGGGGAGCACGCUUCGGCAUAUUGUUACUGCAUUAUUCCCCAGUGUCGUAAUCUCUUUUAAUUUAUAGUCACAGAUAUAUGAUAUGUUCUGGUUAGGGAUUAAAGUUGUAAACCAGAGUUACUAGAAGCCUUUUGGAAUUGUAAAUGAUAAAGUAAACCAAAAGGGGUGUGUAAUUACAGUGGACAUGACGUGAUUCGUUCUGUAUAAAAAUUUGUUACUCUUCCCAGGUGAGGUUGUCUCUGGGAUUUCAACUUUGAAUGACAAACGUACAGGAGAUGACGGAUAGUUGAUGAUGCC